AUGGAACUUGAUGGUAAUACAUUAAUAUUCAUUAUUCUGAUAUUAUUCCUAUUUUUUUCAUCACCUGGAGGAAAUGGUGUCACAUCGCAGUAUGAAUUUAACCAACUUCACCUCUUUACACAACAAUUAGAAACAGAAUAUUCGACAUUCCAAAAUUUGACAUAUAAUUCCAACUUUAAAAAUAUUACAGGACUGAAACUGAGUUAUCAUGAUGUUGCAGAAAAUGCGUUAAUUAAUGCUACGUACCCGAUAGAUUCGAAGAAUUAUGAGCAAUGGUAUAACAAUGAGAAUUAUUUGAUUAUGCCGGACGAAAUAACACAAAUAAUUGGUGACAGUAUAUGGAACAUAACAGGUAAUGGUGAAGAAAACAUUUUCCCUCCAAUAAUAACCAGUACAUUAUUAGGUACGAUAACCUUGAAUUCAAACGAUAAAUACAGCAGGUUGAGAAUGCCUUUUGCGAACUUCUAUGAGCCUCCGAGAGAUUUUUCGGAUAACAUACCCCCAGUGGGAGACACUUAUAUGGAUGAUUGGGAAGAUUAUAAUGAAAUUCAUAACGUUACAUUUGCAAAGGGAGAGAUGAAGGUCCAGUUUACACAUGUGGAUAAAGUUUUCACAAGUCUACAGGGAAAGAAAAAGAAAUAUUUUAAUAGUCAAGAUGAAAAUUGGAAGUUACUAAAUGUUAAGGUUGAUUUUACUGAUAAGAAUGAAAAUGAAAAGCACUCGAUAAAUACAUUAGGUGUUUAUGACAUAAAGACUGGUAGGAUUUUAGCCAUGUCAGAAAGUGCAAAGUUCCAUUCAUUGUUUGCUCUCCCUCAUUAUAUGGGCAUAGGGAUGACUAAAGCAGGGCAAAAACAAACAUUUGAGCAAUCCAAGAAACUAAUAAACGAAUAUUGGAAUACGUCUAAAUAUAUAGAUACUCUCACUAUGGGAUAUAUCAAUACGUUGUACGAUGAUGCAAUAGAGAAAUGUGAAUUCAUGAUGUUCUUUCAGUUAAAACCUUGGAACCAAUACAAUAAAGAUCAAUUAAAAAUAAUUGAUGAUGAAUUGAAAUGGCCACUAGGUAGGCCUGCUAAUUUGACACAUGUUCCUGACAUCGUGGUAACGUCAGGAAUGGUCUAUUCCCCUGAUUGUGGGAUUUCAUUGAGUACUAACGAUAUACAUGGUGAAAGAUAUGAAUUGAAAAUUAGAUCAAUUAGAAUCCAUAUGUUAUGUGGUAUAUUUCUAUUUGCAGCACAGAUUUACCUUCUAUUACGACAAAUGCAACACACAAAUACGCCAUCCAGUGUAAAUAAAAUAUCUUUUUACACAUUUUGUAUGAUAAACUUAGUUGAUGGUUGUUUGGCAACACUUUAUUUUAUCUCUGCAACUCUUGUUCCUGAAUUGUACUUACCUUUGGUGAUCAGUGCAUUUGCCUCGUUUAUUUUGGCUUCAAUCUUUGAAACAAGAUAUUUGAUCUCAGUUUAUGCAUCUCAAGUUAAUGAGAGAAAUGUCGGAAUCAUAACUCUGUUAAGAGGUCGUACUGAGGAUCCAGAUGCUGCCAAUGAGAGACCGGUUGUUAUUCCGGAUGAAGCAUCUAUCAGUAGUUCACUCUACGGAAGAUUUGCAUUCACUCUAAUCACAUUUACAUUUUUGAUUUUAAAUUCUAUGUCAUGGCCAAGACACUUUAGAAUAAUAUUUGAAUACUCAGCUAUUUUCAUUCUAAACUCAUAUUGGUGGCCCCAAGUCUUUAGAAAUGCCAUAAAGGGUAUACCUUCUAGAAGAGAAAGAGAACGGAUCGAAAACUUGGCUAAUAGACGACAAAACAAAGUGCCAUUAUUAUGGAAAUUUAUUAUUGGUACUACAUUUAUUAGGACGUUACCAAUUAUUUAUUUCUUCACUUAUUCUUCCAAUAUUUUCAGACAUCAUAAGGAUACGAGGUUUGUAGUGAUUUUAUCGCUGUGGCUAUUAUUCCAAAUCGUAGUGUUGUAUUCUCAGGAUAUUCUAGGGGCACGUUGGUUCUUAUCACAACACACUAUCCCAGAAGGAUACUCAUAUUUCAAACCAGUUUCCUUAGCACUGUUAAAGGAACAUGGUGAUAUUGAUGACAUGGCAGAUACGGCAAACAAGGGAUCCUCUGGUGAUCACCCACAUAACAUCAUCGCCAAAGUUGAUUGUGCUAUAUGUAUGUCAGAGGUGCCUGUAUAUGUGGAAGAGUUACCUGAAACCCAUGGUGUCGAUAUUCAUGAUUACAUGGUGACACCUUGUAAUCAUAUAUUCCAUACGCUAUGUUUAGAAAACUGGAUGAGUUACAAAUUACAAUGUCCAGUGUGUAGAGCACCACUUCCUCCAUGUUAG